AUGUUUAGCUUCAGCGCGGCGUCCACGGGAAGCUCUGCGAUUGGCCGACUGCCGGUGAAAUGCACCCUGGGAGUCGUGGUUUACUUCUCCCCUUCAGAGACUCAGACAUGUCCUCACCCUUUCAACAUGAAGUCCAGGAUCCAGAGUGGAUCACAGAGUUCACACAGACUGGAGCCCACACCCCCUCCCACCCAAUCGGUGAAUGUUGAUCAAUGUGCCUCGUCCUCUCACCUGGUCGCCAGCUCAGAGUCCUUCCACAGGUACAAGUACUUCUACCUGCCUAUGUACUUCCACAGGUACAAGUACUUCUACCUGCCUAUGUACUUCCACAGGUACAAGUACUUCUACCUGCCUGUGUACUUCCACAGGUACAAGUACUUCUACCUGCCUAUGUACUUCCACAGGUACAAGUACUUCUACCUGCCUGUGUACUUCCACAGGUACAAGUACUUCUACCUGCCUGUGUACUUCCACAGGUACAAGUACUUCUACCUGCCUAUGUACUUCCACAGGUACAAGUACUUCUACCUGCCUAUGUACUUCCACAGGUACAAAUACUUCUACCUGCCUAUGUACUUCCACAGGUACAAGUACUUCUACCUGCCUAUGUACUUCCACAGGUACAAGUACUUCUACCUGCCUCCUGCCUAUCCUACACUACAUCUCAGAGGGUCUCGUGACCUCUCGGUGACCUCUGACCGGGUGAAAACCGGGCUCCCUGAUUGGCUGAGCGGGCUCGCUGUCAGACAGGUGAAGAUGGCGGCUCAGGUGCGCGUGGUGCUGCUGCUGCUGCUGCUGCUGCUGCUGAGCGAGUCGGUGCUGCCCGGACCCCCCGGACCCGGACCCCCCACCACCGGACCCCCAGGACCCCCCACCACCGGACCCCCAGGACCCCCCACCCCCGGACCCGGUCCGGACUCUGCGCGCGGCAGGGCGGAGCUGCGGCGCGUGCGCAGCCUCGCCGCUCAGCCCGGGUACGGAGGGUGUUGGGCGCGAGCUCUGGAGCACCUGGACACGCGCUGCAGAGACAUGACGUCACAGAGCCAGAGCCGGAUGGCGCUCAGCUUCACCUUCUGUCACCUGAGCAGCUCAGGCAGGGAUUUCCCAUCAUGCCCUGAGGGGUCAGAGGUCAGCAGGUGUACAGCAGGUAUGGACGCUGUGGCCUUUAACACCUACACAGAGUUCUUCACCCACACGCACUCCAUCUGUCACUUCCUGCAGUCUGAAACCUGGCAGAGUCGAGCCGAGAACACCAUGUACAGGUUGACGGAGAGUUCAGCAGGUGUAGCUGAGCAGCUUCAGUCCACUCGGCAGAUGGCGGAGGACUUGAUUGAAGCCCAGACUGCUGCCUUACAGGUGCAGCAGGAUAUUCUGAACAAUGGGGAGGAGCUGAGAGUCACCCUGAGAGACUCUACCCAGGGUCUGCGGGCGGUGUUCUCGGAGCUCAGCAGUGUCUCCAGAGAACAGCAGGUGGCGCUGUCUGAACUCUUCAACCGAGUUUCCUUCCUGCAGAGCUUCCUGCUGAUGGAGGCUCACAGUCUGAGCUCCUCCUGCUACAACGCGGCUGCCCUCUGCACCUCCUUCCUCCUCACCUCCACCCAGCGCUCCUCUCGAGCCAGGUUGGUGUUGAUGAGCUUGGUGUGUGUAAACUUUUACCUGGAGAGGAGGAUCUACCAAUACGUGAUGAACUCUGAUCAUCCUGAACACACACACAUGGAGCUGGUCGGUGCGUAUGCCAGUGUGUUGCGGCGCUUCAUGGUGUGUGUUGCCGUGUGUGUGCUGCUGUAUGUGUGUGUUGGGUACAGAGACCCCCUGCAGCAGAGUCUGCAGGUGCUGCAGCAGCUCAGAGAGACGCAGAGCAGCCUGAAGGAGGCGCUGCAGCACGCAGAGUCUUUGGGGAAGCAACACAAGAAGAGGAGGCCGGAGAGGAGAAGAAGAGCGGAGAUGAAAAGAGAGGAGGAGGAGCAGGAGGAGGAGGAGGAGGAGCAGGAGGAGAUAUGGAGCGCGUUGGUCCCAGACCUGUCUCACAUCUCUCACAUGGGUUGGAGUACUGACAGUAUUCUCAGCAGUACAGCUGCUGACGUCACCUUGCAGCAAUACAAUACCCACAAUGCUUCAGUGGAGAGUCCCUCCCCCCCACCUCUGGUCUACAGCAUCCCGGUGGAGGACAGACAGCCUCGCUACAGCCUGCGGAGCAGAAGGUCAGAGCCUCGCUGAAGGUCAGAGCCUCGCUGAAGGUCAGAGCCUCGCUGAAGGACGCUCUCUCUCUGUUCACCUGUUUUUACCUGAAAGUUUCU